CAAUUUACAGAUGACGUAAUUUGUAAAUAAACACGUUUGUGUUAAUAACAAUAUCCUUAAUAUUAUCAAUACAGAUUAACAACUAGUUAUUGACAUAGGAUACCUCCUUUAUUCUGUAAAGGUUUGAGAAGGGUUUUUCGUUUACAAUGAAGACGUCGGAUGACAUCUUGACCCUCCUUGGAGGUUACGGCUGGUUCCAAAUGCUGGUUUUUGUGGCGACUGGUAUGGUAUUGAUGAGCGAGGCUUGGUCCACGUUUUCACCUAUGUACCUGGGGUACGAACCAGGGCACCACUGUCGGGUACCGCAAGACAGGACGCCUAACGAGACCAUUCCAGCAAGAAUGACGAAAGGAGUGUGGGUUUUGGAGAAGUGUAUAAUGUUAAAUAUUAGCGGUGAAUCAACCAGGUCCACAAGUGGGGUUGCUACACAACCCUGUCAUGACGGGUGGACGUAUUUGUGGGAGAAUGCUGGGAGAACGUCAUUUGUAUCUGAGUGGGACCUAGUGUGUGGUAAGAACUAUCUGGUGGAAUUGUCCACGACCGUGUACAUGGUGGGGGCCACAGUAGGUUCCGUUUUCUUGACGCCAUUUUCAGACAGGUUCGGCCGGAAGUGGAUGAUGCUGGGAUACUUCUGGGCUCAGAGCGUGCUAGGAUUCGGUUUGGUCUGGUCAGACAGCAUUGUCACGUUCACCGUACUAAGGUUCUUCAUUGGAGCAUUAGAUGUUGCGUCGUCUGUAGCGGCCUAUGUGCUGAUGAUCGAGGUGUUUCCGUCCAGUUACCGCAUGGCACCAUCAGUGAUGUGUCAAGCCUUUUGGUCGGCAGGGGUGAUGAGCUUCGCCCUGUUCGGGUAUUUAUUCCAUGACUGGAGGCGACUCCAAAUGAUUAUUACACUGCCAAGCAUCGUCACAGUCGUUUACGCUUGGCUCCUGCCUGAAUCCAUUUUGUGGUUGAUCUCAGAAGGGCGACUUGGCGAGGCCGAGAGAGUUCUGAGAACAGCCGCCAAGACCAACAGUAAAGUGUUACCGUCAAAUAUUAGGACGAUCCUCGAGAACGUAUCCAAGGGAGACAAGGACGAGACCAAUCAUACAGCUAUAUCCAGCACCAGCAACAAGACAAAUCCUGCAGCUAUAUCCGGUAUCAGCAACCCCGCAGUGUCUACUACUGACCCGGACUCUGUUUCGCCGGGCGAUGUCUCCACCUCUUUUGAAAACCAACACAAGAAGACAAUGGCGGACGGUGGCCAGGAAACGACCGACGCACCAGAAUCAGUGGUCAGCCAAAACGGACGGCAACAAGAACGCGACGAUGACGUCACUGGUGUUAGCGUUAAGGAAUCACACACGUCUGUGAAAGUAGUUAAUCCCAGCAACCAGCGAAAUGAAAUGACUGUCAUCGGCAUGUUCCUGCAGCCAAACAUAAGAAAUUACUCCAUUAUCAUCUUCUACUUGUAUUUCGUGCUCAGCCUGAGUUAUAUCGGAAUAAUAUUCUCGACUCCGGUCUUACACGGAAACCGGUUUCUGAACUUGUUCAUCAGUGGAGCGAUAGCAAUCCCAGCCCUCUUGAUGUGCACGUUUCUCAAUGAAAGAAUCGGUCGUCGUAUACCGAUUUGCAUCUGUCUGCUGGUUUGCUUCGCUGUGAACACCGUUCUGGUGUUUCUCCCCGCACACACGGCUGACGGGGCUGAUUUGAAAUGGUUACAAAUCUCGCUGGUCAUGAUUGGGUUAUUUGGAAUCACCGGAAGUUACUCCAGUAUCGUCUUGUAUGCAUCUGAGAUAUUUCCCACGACAGUAAGAAACCAAGCUCUGGGGAUUGCGUCAUUCUUUGAUAACAUUGGCGGGAUUUGUGCACCCAUUAUUGUUUACACUGCAAAGAAGAACGCAACUAUUCCACUGAUGAUUUUUGCUGUGGGCACUGUGGUUGGUGGAAUUUUGGUUUUGCUUUUACCGGAAACAAAGAAUCGACCUCUGCCUCAGACAAUUAGUGACGUCAUAAGCUGGGAAAAGGAUGUACAAGAGAAACACAGCUAGAAACGACUUUGGGGGUAAAAAAGAAAAAAAACCAGAAGAAGCAAUAACAUCAUCAUUAUAGCUAAAUGAUAAACUGACAAGGACGUCACGGGUGGAAUAAAACUAUUAUGUAUCGUUAUAUAUGGAAUUAAAGUAAAGGACACGUC